AAGCAAGUUAGUAGUGUAUCUCUUUGCAUUGCAUUGCUUUGCUUUGCUGUGUGCUGUGCUGUGUUGGGUGCCAGAGUCUUCUUCGCUGAGGGAGAGCAUUUAUUUUUCCAUUGUGGAUGAGAAAGGCUGCUGCUGCUGCUGAUAUGUCGCACUACCACCACUACUACUACUACUACUAGUGAGUGAGUGAGUGAUAUAUGCCAAGACAGACAGACGGUGCUGGUGGUGCUGGUGUUGCUACAACACCUCUCCUUCCACGCCUUCUCCUCCUCCUCCUCCUCGGGUGAUGUGAUACUACUACUGCUGCUGCUGAUUUGCCGGAAAGGAAGGAAGGAAGGGCGUCGUGCACUUUGGUGGAGUUUCUCGCGUUUUCGGUUUCCGCGUGCUGAGUGUCGACGCUUCGGCUGCGGCUAGCGCGCGAGAGUGGGAGGGCGAGGGUUGUGACGCAACGGGACGCUGUGCUUGUGCAUUCACAGCGAAAUCUGUUCUUUCGUUCUACGUGGGACCAAUUUGAGAGUCGAUUGACGGGUGAAAGAAGAAGCUCGGGGCUAUGGGUGACCAGGCGGACAACAAGCAUGUUCAGGCACCAAUCCCCUCUCUCGCUGAAGAGGAGGCAAUCAUGAAGAAGAAAUAUGGCGGUCUUAUGCCUAAGAAGCCUCCACUGAUCUCCAAGGAUCACGAGCGUGCCUUCUUUGAUUCGGCUGACUGGGCUCUUGGAAAGGUUAGGCUACUCCAUCCAGAUCAGGGUGGAGCACCUCCAGGUCAGAAGCCGCGCAGUCUUAUGGAGACUCUGCGACCUAAACUUCAGCCUUCAUCUCAUCAGUCGGGUUCAUCACGACGAUCAUCUCUUCUUGCAGCCGAAGGGGAAGGUGAAGGCCACGUUGACGGUCAAGGUGAACCUGAGAAUGCAACUAACGGCGGGCCAGCUCAAAGCUGAGAACUUUUCGCAGGGUCUGUGCAGGAGAUCCCAGCUUUUGCACUAAAAUUUGUACUCAUUUCUAGUGCUGACGAACGGUGGAUACUCAUAAUCUGGAAGAAAAUAGUUUUUCACAUCUUAUGCGACUUAUUUCGUUUUACAUUUUUUACUUUUUGGGGGAAGUUGAAGAGUAUGCUGAAAGUAACGUGUCUUUGGAGUGUAUGUUUGAUGUGAGGUAUCAGUUGAGGAUGAACUGCCGUCUCCAGUGUUGAGAUCUGAGUAUUGUGACCAUCUCUAGAGCUGUUGAGCCCACAUUUUCUCUCUUAUCA